AUGUCCGGUCAGCACGUGUGUUCCUUUCCAUACGAGGAAACAAAGGUGCGCAGUGUAACCGUCAAUAUCCAUGCAAUCAUUGUACGCGCCGUCGAAGACCAGAGGAGUGUCUCUAUAGUGGCUCUCUGGCAGUGUCACCGACCUCGAAGAUUUAGCCUCCUCACAGAGGCUCAGGGUCGCCCGCUAGAGACGGCACAGCCCUCUAUGGUUCGAGCGGACCUCCUCGAGCCUGGUGGACCCCUCUCUGCCGUUUCAGACGAGGCCAAGAGGUACUCGUACAGCCGCCGCUCCGCCCUGGCCCACUCGUUUGGUUACUUUGAGGAUAGCUCUUGCAAUACCUGCAUUGCUCCAGCGAGUGGCGCUCUCACUAGAUUCCUUACGGUGGGCGCUGCAAGUGUUGACGCGACUGACCAAGUCUCGUUAAGUAGUGGGACGUUGAGAGUCAUGGUGACAGCCAUGGCAGCGAAACAAUGGCAUCUGAUAUCCAUCUCUUUCAGCCUUCCUAGCACAGUAUCAGCUGUGGUGGACCGAAAAUCAACCGUUGACUGUGCGCGACGUCGAGUCCGCCGUUCUGAUCUCCGCGUCAGCGCAUACACAGCGCACUUUCUCCCGUCUCCUUCCCAUACAGUGGACAGUAUCGGCGGAGUCUCGCUCACUGACAUCCGCAAUACCUGCAGCAAUGUUGGUGACAGCCUAGCUCAGGCCUGUUUGUCUCUGGAUUGGGAAGGGUCGCUGGUGCGCGUUCAGUAUACUCUCUUCCUUGCUCUCAGAUUCUCCCAUUUGUCCCGGCAGCUAGAUCGGGUCCCGUUUCUUCCUGACGGCAUAGUGGCAGACGCCCUUCCCUGGUUGUGUCUUGUACCAGACACCAGCGCCAAUGCUAGUGCACCAGAAAUUUUCACGGAGCGGCUCAUGCAAGUACAUCUGGGUCGAUUCUGGCGCAGAUUCGGGCCGCGGCGAAAGUUUGAGUACGACCCCUUGGAGGCUGAGCAGCGAUAUGACAGGUUUUGCGCUGAGUAUCUACCGACGCUGUCACCUGAGUUUGCACUAGAGCCGGACAGCCAGUGGGACGCUAUUUUACCCAAGCUACCUAUGCAGCGACAGCUCAUGCACACUGCAAUCUUUGAUAGCAUAUGUUGGAACUUCCGGCUGCUGCUGAUACUCAAGCCCACGCAAAUCGCCCGCCUCGCCCCGUACAAAUAA